AUGACACGCAUACUUCAAGGAAACCUGAAUAGAUGUGCGUUGGCGCAAAAUUUACUUUGCCAGCGAGUCUUUAAAGAGAGGAUCGACGCUUGCUUCAUCUGUGAGCAAUAUCUAAACCUCCAAGAUAGAGCAUGGUUCGCAGACAAAACUGGCACGGCGGCAAUCUGGAUUGUAAAUACAAAGAACGUUACCACCAUCAACAGCGAAAGUGGAGCAGGUUUUGUCUGGAUUCAAACCCCCAUAACCUACUUCAUAAGCAUCUAUCUCUCACCUAACGAAGGGAUUAGUGAGUUCCGACAGAAAUUGGCAAAUAUAGAGGAUGUGAUCACCAAGUUUAAAGGCGAAGUUAUCAUAGCUGGUGACCUCAAUGCUGAAUCGGCUGAAUGGGGCGCUGAUUUCUCCGACACCAGAGGCAACGAUGUCGCUAACGUCGUGGCUAGACUCGACCUCAUAGUGCUAAAUACUGGGAGCAUCACGACUUUCCAAAGACCGGGGAACCAAGAGUCCAUCCUCGACAUUUCUUACUAUGGCAAAGGACCUUGUGACGGUGUGAGAGGAACAUUAAAACAAACUGCAGCAAGAGCUAGUCUGCAACUACCAUUUGAUAAACAAAUAUCAAACCCCCAAGAAUCGUAUCAAUGGACUGUGCCACCAAAUAACUUGCCAAAAAUCAGAAUAAGAUAUUUAACUACUGCAGAUUGUGAAAAAGCAACAGAGACUUUAAAUAUACGUUAUUCUAAAGCUUAA